AUGGCCGCCGUCGCCGCGGCCGUGAAGAUCGGAAUUAUUGGUGGAACUGGCCUGGAUGAUCCAGAUAUCUUAGAAGGAAGAACAGAAAAAUAUGUUGAUACUCCUUAUGGCAAGCCAUCAGAUGCUUUGAUAUUGGGAAAGAUAAAAAAUGUGGACUGUGUGCUGUUGGCAAGACAUGGAAGGCAUCAUACAGUUAUGCCAUCGAAUGUCAAUUACCGUGCCAAUAUCUGGGCAUUAAAAGAAGAAAAUUGUUCUCAUGUAUUAGUGACUACUGCCUGUGGUUCAUUACAAGAGAAAAUACAACCUGGUGAUCUUGUCAUAAUUGACCAGUUCAUUGACAGGACAACUAAGAGACAUUGUACUUUAUACGAUGGGCAGCAUUCCACUCUUUCAGGAGUAUGUCAUAUUCCAAUGGCAGAGCCGUUCUGCACCAAAACCAGAGAGGUUCUUAUUGAGACUGCCAAGAAGCUUGGGCUCCAGUGUCAUUCCAAGGGGACAGUGAUCACAAUUGAAGGCCCACGUUUCAGUUCUCGAGCAGAAAGCUUGAUGUUUCGCAGCUGGGGAGCUGAUGUUAUCAACAUGACCACAGUGCCUGAAGUGAUUCUUGCGAAAGAAGCUGGAAUGAGUUAUGCUAGUAUUGCCAUGGCAACAGAUUACGACUGCUGGAAGGAACAUGAAGAAGCAGUUUCAGUGGAUAAAGUUUUAAAGACGCUGAAAGGGAAUGCGAAUAAGGCUACUAGCAUACUCCUUACUGCUAUACCUCAGAUAGGUUCCAUGGAAUGGACUGACACCCUGCACACCCUGAAAACAACAGUGCAGUGUUCAGUCAUCCUGCCAAAGCAGUAACAACCUGGAUGGACCUUGAAAUUUGGGUGCUCACAGGAAGGAGUGUUACCACUUUCGAAUUCCCAGAGGUUACAGUAUCUUCAAAAAUUGUUACAAGCAUAAAAGGAUGGAGUAAAUGUUGACCAAUUAUAAUGUAUAAGACAGCUUUUAUAAUCUUUAUCAUGCUUGAUAGUGUAUAAGAUGGCUAAAGUUAGAUUUUAAGUAUUUUUUAAACUUGGAAUAGCUUUACUGUCAAGCUGGAUCAGACAGGGGCCAAAGAGAGAAGUCAGUAGUGAGUUAGCAUCCUCUAUUCAGCGAUACCUUUUCGUUGAUGGAGGAAAGGAAAGGCUAGGUAAUACUCUGUUGCAGUCUCAUCAAAUAAGAUCUAAGAAAGCAGAUUCACAGAUACGCUAUUUGCUUUGCUAUUUCUGCCUCCCAUCUUUUCCUUUGACAAGGCAAAUGGUUACGAUUCGCUUCAGAAACACACCACACAAACUGAACAGACAACUUCAAAAUAAAAUUAUACUAUUUUUAUACAUUAUCCAUAUUUUUUAUUUCUGUCUUUUUUUUAAAAGCAGUAUUUUUUGUUUGUGUGCUAGAAGACAUGGUUUAAUAAUUGUGGUGGUUCUUUCACAGCAGCAGUUGUGUAAUGAAUGAAUGUUCUUCUUAAAAAAAAUCAGUCCUAAGCCAAAUUUGUGCCUGAAGAUGUACUUAUGUGACUUACAGAACGGUACAGAAAAGUACUUUGCUGCCAGUGUCCUGAACACUGUGCUGGCAUUUUGCUGCUGCAUUGAUCUCAACAACUGGUUUUAGUUUCUGUUUUAAGUGAUGAAUGUGCUUGACUGUUUUGAAUGUAUGCAUUUCAUUUUUUAAUACAGUUUGACUUCA